AUGCGUCCAGCCCUCCAGCGAGGUGUCCGGACUUUAUCCAGAACUCCUAUUUCUAGCGUCCAUCGACAGACCCGGUGCUUCCAGAUCCGCGCGACGCCCUCGGAGGAUCCAACCGUGAAUGGAGACCACUUGCCUCUCGCCAGCCCUUCAAACUCCGCAGAGUCACGAGAUGCGCGAUUUGACGUUAUCGGGGCCCCAUACUCACUCCUGUCGGUGUCGCUCUCGGCCUCGCAGAACCUCUAUACGCGCCGGGGCACUUUGGUAGGAUUGAGCGGAAAGGCGGAUAAUGUUAUUUCAACACUCAGUGUUCUAGAACCCUUCCGAAGGGCUGUUGUCGGAGUGCCUUUUCUCUAUCAAAAGGUCUCCUCGGCAAGCCCGGUCACAGCCCUCAUCUCCGUUCGGUCUCCCUCAACCUCCUUCGCUCUCGUCGAUGUCAAUGGCUCCGUAGAUUGGAUGGUUGCCCAGCGUCGGGCUCUGUUGGCAUGGACAGGCCGGUCUCUAUCCAUUAAGCCUACUAUCAACACCCGCCUGAGCUUGUCUCACUGGGGAAGCUCCCAGGUCACUGGAAGGGGGCUGAUGGCAUUGGUUGGCAACGGCCAGGUCUACUCCAUUGAAUUGAAGGAUGGAGAGCAGUACAUCGCUCAUCCUAGUAACGUGGUCGCCUACACUAUGUCCUCAACCCCUCCUCGACCCUUCCGCUUCAAGUCUACUACGCUUCAGUUGCAGAUUCCGGGGCUGCAAAAGCUCCCCCGACUGCUCCAGAACAAUGAACAGGUCCAAAAAGUGAUCAAAUCCGACGCAUGGAAGUCCACUAUGCGCUUUUUCCAUAAGCUGCGCACUUGGUCUCGAAUGACCAUUUGGGGAGAUAGGCUCUUCCUACAAUUUGAUGGCCCAGCAACCCUCCUCGUGCAAUCACGUGGCCCUCGCUUGAACGAUAUCUUAUCCGGACGAGAGGUGAACGAGCUCGCGGACACUCCGCGGGGAUUGAUUUCUCCUGCUCAGUCCGAGGAAACAGCCCGGGGUCUACCAGAGCUGAGCCGCUCCGUGGAUGCACUAAGCCAAGAGAUCCAAGGAAUCAGCCAGAGUGUUACAGACCUCCGAUCAAAUAGCGGAAAAAAAUAA